AAGAGGGAAAGGAGUUAUUGUUUUCCUUCUGCCUUUUAAUGAAGUUUACCCUGUUGGUCUUUCAGGAAAAUGUUAGUAGUUGGGACAAACUUUGCAAAGAGCUCUGGAUCCGACUCAGAAGGAGCAAAUUCAUGAUAAAGGGCGAAUCGGAGAGAAAUGGCUGAAUCUCCAUCACGACAUCUUGGAUUUGGUAAUUCUGGGAAGAGUUUCCUUAUUGAUAAUUUGCUUCGUCCUGACAAUAAAUCACCCGCUGUCCAGGUUAUACCUGCUGCCAGCCAGAAAAGAUGCCUUUCUACGCUGGUGUGUGGGCCACUGGGACCAGCUCCUAAAAGUUCCUGGGUGCCUUCACAUGCUCAGCCGAGUAACAGUCCCCAAGAGAUGGAGAGAGAGACACGCAAGACACAUUCAGUGUUGAGUGGUGUGUUGUUGUGUGGGUCUCCUCUCGUUCACCCGUGUUAUGGCAGCUCCAGUCCACUGACAUGCUCUCCUCCUCUUCUCUGCAAAGGGACAAGUCCCGCAGUAUGGAGUUCAGGCCCAUGCCCUAAACAACACAGAGGAAUCCUGAGGAGAGCCGUGUUCUCUGAACAGCAGAGGAGAGAACUUGAGAAAACGUUCCGCAGACAGAAAUACAUCAGCAAGACAGAUCGCAACCGACUGGCCACAGAACUCUGUCUGAAGGAAACACAGGUAAAGAUCUGGUUCCAGAACCGCAGAAUGAAAUGGAGGAACUCGAAAGAGAGAGAAAGCCUGAGCUCAAGACCACCUAUGGAAGAGCUCCUGUUUAGGAGCAUCCCAGAAAAUGGAGAACCGGCGCUUACACAAACAUUCCCCAGAGGAGGGCGCCACACAUCGAAAACAGCUGCUGACAAACACUUGAAAGCUCACACACAUCUGGCUGCUAAUGUUCAGAGAUAAAUGUUGCACACUUCAGUCAAAUGUUUGUUUACAAAGAAGAAGUGUUCCACCAGAGACACCUAAAUCAUUUUAUCGCUAUUGUUUUUAUUUUUCUUAUUAAGUCUCAGAUCCUAAUGGGAACCUUAAGGAAAUGAAGAACACAGAUGUAAGCGUCUGAGCUAGUCUGACUGCAGUAAUAUGCCACAAAUACCUUAUAUUAUCGAUCAAGGUAAAGAUUGUGCGCAUUAAAAUAAAUUUUAGUGUGUUUAACCUCUCAACCGAAUUAUUUUUCAGUAAUUUAUCUAGAAAAGAAUCCAACAUGUUAUUCAGAGUGAAUUAUUCAGUAGCUAAAGUGAAACUAACAAGUUCCAAAAGUGUAAGUGUAAUCCGAACAUAAAAAAUCAGAACAAAAAAAUCUGAAAUACUGAAUACUUGUGCAUUAUAACAUUAAACUUUGAAAUUUGGUAAUUUGUAAAUAUGCGUUUUUAUUAUUUUCCAGAAGGUGCUCCAACAGCCAAAGCUGACCUAAUUUCUGUUUUUUUGUUUUAUGCCACUGUAUAAAUUUCUUAAAUAUUAUUUGCAAACUAAUUCAAUGUACUUUCAGUGUUUUUUAACUGCAAAUAAAAUUUCAUUUAUUUUUAAAUUUGUGAUUAGUAAAAAUGCUAAUCUGCUCACAGUGCUUUGAUACAAAAAAAACAAGAAUUUAAGCUAGC